AGCAGUUUGCGAAUUCUGUUUAUUCAUCUAUGAAAAUGGUCAAAAAAAUUUAUUUUGGUGAUGGCCAUACAACUCUGUUAAUAUACCAAAACUACUGAAUUGUACACAAUGUGUGAGUUAUAUGGUAUGCAAGUUAUAUAUCAAUAAAGCUUUUUUUGUUUUCCCCCCGAGAUGGAGUCUUGCUCUUGUCGCCCGGGCUGGAGUGCAAUGGCACGAUCUUGGCUCACUGCAACCUCUGCUUCCUGGGUUCAAGCGAUUCUCCUGCCUCAGCCUGCCCAGUAGCUGGGAUUACAGGUGCCCGCCACCAUGCCCGGAAAAUUUUUGCAUUUUUAGUAGAGACGGGGUUUCACCAUGUUGGCCAGGCUGGUCUCGAACUCCUGACCUCGUGAUCCCCCCGCCUCAGCCUCCCAAAGUGUUGGGAUUACAGGCAUGAGCCACCGCACCCUGCCAAAGUUGUUAUUUUUUUUAAAUAACAGUGCUGAGCGCUGGGAUGCUACAGUGUCCAGAGAUUAGGCCGAUGAGUACAUUUUUUGCUGGCCCAGGCCCAAGCCAGCCUGGAGAGAAAAGACCUGAGGAGGUGGCCCUCGGGCUGCAUCACCGCCUCCCAGCACUGGGAAGAGCCCUGGGGCACAGCAUUCAGCAACGAGCGACCUCCACAGCCAAGACUUGGUGGGACAGAUAUGAAGAGUUUGUUGGACUCAGUGAGGUUCGAGAGGCCCAGGGAAAGGUGACAGAGGCUGAGAAAGUGUUCAUGGUGGCUCGAGGGCUUGUCCGAGAGGCUCGGGAGGACUUGGAAGUUCACCAGGCCAAGCUGAAGGAGGUGAGGGACCGCUUGGACCGUGUCUCCAGGGAGGACAGUCAGUACUUGGAACUGGCUACUCUCGAGCACAGGAUGCUGCAGGAGGAGAAGAGGCUUCGCACAGCCUAUCUGCGUGCAGAAGACUCUGAGCGCGAGAAGUUCUCCCUCUUCUCUGCGGCUGUGCGGGAAAGUCAUGAGAAGGAGCGCACAAGGGCUGAGAGGACCAAGAACUGGUCCCUCAUUGGCUCUGUCCUGGGGGCCCUGAUUGGUGUGGCUGGCUCCACCUAUGUGAACCGUGUCCGGCUACAGGAGCUGAAGGCUUUACUCCUGGAGGCACAGAAGGGGCCUCUGAGUCUCCAGGAGGCCAUUCGAGAACAGGCGUCUAGCUACUCCCGCCAGCAGAGGGACCUCCACAAUCUCAUGGUGGAUUUGAGGGGCCUGGUACAUGCUGCUGGGCCAGGGCAGGGCUCUGGGUCACAGGCAGGUACUCCCCCAAUCAGAGACAGAGAUGUAGAUGUCCUUUCAGCUGCCUUGAAAGAGCAGCUCAGUCAUUCCAGGCAAGUCCAUUCAUGUCUAGAAGGCUUACGUGAGCAGCUUGAUGGCCUAGAAAAGACUUGUAGCCAAAUGGCUGGGGUGGUUCAGCUUGUAAAGGCUGCAGCACACCCAGGCCUGGUGGAACCAGCAGACGGGGCUAUGCCCAGCUCCUUGCUGGAGCAGGGGAGCAUGAUCUUGGCACUGUCAGACACGGAGCAGAGACUAGAAGCCCAAGUCAACAGGAACACCAUCUAUAGCACCCUGGUCACCUGUGUGACAUUUGUGGCCACACUGCCUGUGCUCUACAUGCUAUUCAGAGCCAGCUAACCCCUGGCCCCUCCUCCAGAGGGUCUGAGGCAAUAGCUGUGAAUGUGGAUUUAGGUAGAGAAUCAUAGCAAUGAAGUGAGCCUUUGGGGACGUGUACAAACUCAAUCUGAAGGAGCAGCAUCUGUGUGGCUCACCAGCAGGCACGCUUCGCUUUGUAGACAAGGUUCAUUUACAUUAAUUAUCAAAACUUUGUGCUAAUGUCCAAUUAAAAUAUCCUGUUUUAUUAUUUAAAACAA